ACACGCCUCUAGAUCCCUAUAUCAGUGAAACGCAGCUGCUCGUAUUACGGACGUAAGAAGCAACCUUGCAUGCCAUGCCCCCACUGACUGCAGACAUGGCCGACAAGAUGCCACUGGAUCCCGGUGCUCGCGUUGCGACAAGGAUAGACAUUUCGAAACCCGGUCUCACUCCAGAACAGUUAUAUUUCAUUCGACAAGUAGAGCUCGAACAGUGGAAGAAGAAAACGCAGAAGCUACGGGCACGAAAUGUAGUGACGGGACUCGCCAUUGGAGCAAUGGUUAUGGGAAUCUACGGCUAUACAUUUUACUCAGUGUCCCAGGAGAAGAUUAUGGAUGAAAUGGAUGAAGAAGCUAAACGUGCAAGACUGCAGGGACCAAAAACUGGAGCCAACUGAGACGCAUGCGUCACCUGCCUGUUGUUGGACUGUGUGUGUGUCCUGCACUUCACUGAGAAAGGACAUAUGUGGACACUGAUGCCACUGAUUUAUAUUCCAUGUCUGGCUACUGUAUUCCAUGUUGAGACGGUGCUAGAUUUUGUUUUGAUUGUGAAGAUGUUGUUCUGCUGCUGACGUGUGACUUGUGUCUUUUUGAUUAAGUUUGCCUGUCAGUGUAAAGGAGGAAUCCACUGGCCUUAAAUGUUACCCAUAAGGCCACACUGUAGAGUAAUUAAACCCCAUACCUAAAAAAAAGUCCAGCUCUUAUCAUGUGAUGCGUAUACACUUUAAGGAAAAUAUCUUGAGUUUUAGUCAGCUAAUGUUAAAUCUACAGUGGCCUUUUAACAGCGGAGAAACACCAGGGACACAUGAAUUAACCUGAAACAUUUGUCGAUAAAAUGAUUAUUUGUAAAAUAAAAAUAUAAUGUAUAUGAUUUGCUUUUAACACAA